AUGAAGCUGUUUUUCUCCCUUAUCGCUGCGUCUGCCGCGGCGUCCAAGCAGUCCGUGACGACGUUGUCGUUUCAGGAGCGCACACAACUCCGCGAGGAGCUGGCCAAGUGGCGCCAGGAGUUUGGUGCCAAGGCUCAAAGCCUCAUGCCUCCGUCCGUCCAAGGCAUGAACGCUUUGGAGGCUGAAACGGACGCGCUCCAGCGUUUCUACAACAACAAGCUCGCGAUCGAGGAGGCCCGCCGCAACAACCCUGAUGCCACGUUCGACUACAACCACCCGUACGCCCUCAUGACACCAGCUGAGUUCAAAGAACACGUGGUCGGCUUUUCCUUUCAGGAUGGUCUUCACGCCGCCCGCUCCCUUCCCUCCGUCGAGCUGGACGUGAGCAGUGUCAAGGCGGCGUCUGUGGACUGGACCACUGGUUACUGCGUCAACUCCGUACGCGACCAAGGCAUCUGCGGGUCGUGCUGGGCCUUCUCAGCUGUGGGUACCGCCGAGUCGGCGCACUGCAUCUCCACGGGAGAACUCUUGGACUUGUCGGAACAACAAGUGGUCAGUUGCUCCACCCUCAACAACGGGUGCUCGGGAGGCGUUCCGUGGUACGGUCUCGACUUCAUGUCGAGCGAAGGAAUGUGUGUGGAGCGCGACUACCCGUACACCUCUGGCGGCCAGGGCAUCACCGGCACGUGCAUGCGGUCUUGCGCCAAGAAGUUUCUCAGCAUGGGCGCUACGGUCCAAGUGACUGGUGAGUCGGCCUUGGAAACAGCGUUGAACACGCAGCCCGUGUCUGUGGCUGUCGAAGCGGGCAACGCAGUGUGGCAAAACUAUCGCAGUGGUGUCGUCUCGCAAUGCCCUGGCGCGCAGUCUGACCACGCCGUCAUUGCCGUGGGGUACGAUGGAUCGUCCUACAAGAUUCGCAACUCGUGGGGUGCAAACUGGGGCGAAAGUGGGCACAUUCGUCUACAGCGUGGAAGCGGUGGUAAGGGUAUGUGCAACGUCGCUGAGUUCGUGUCGUUCCCGCAAAUCAGCGGCUCGCCCAACCCAACCGUGUCGCCGUCACCGACAAACCCCACGUCCAAGCGCCCGACGACCAAGCCAACGCCCACGACUAGGCCCACGCCCACCACCAAGCCCAACCCGCGCCCUGACUGUGGCACGUGCACCGUUUGCUUUUAUCCGGCCGGAAACCAAUGCUUGGACGGCUACACCAAGAGCGAUUGCGACUACUACAGCGCCAACUACGGCACUGUGUGGUGCGGCAUCUAAGCGAGAAGGGGGUUGCACGAUAUCUGCUCCAGGUUCUACAUUGUGUGUUCAAUUGUGUCGGUAGUAGUUUGUAACUCGAAAGUUUGGACUAUUCCAUCG